UUAAAGGAUUAGUCGAUCAUCAUGAUAGCAAUUUUGUAGUAUGUACAAUUGUGGAUAUCUGCAGAAAGUUUACUUCGAAAAGCGAAGAGAAACAAUUUUGGCAAUUUCAUUUUCGGAAUUUUACCAUUUUUACUGAUUAGCUGAUUAUUUGUUACACAAGUGACUAACUGACUUGGUUUCUCAUAACUCGAAGAAAAGAUUUCUCUCAUCAAACAUAGUAUUUAUUUACAAGCAACAGAACAAUAACAUGGAAUUUGGGGCAUUCCUGUCACAUAAAAUGUUGUCUAGUUUAUACCUUUACACUAGUGAUGUUACAUGAAGUAAUGAUAUCUCUAAAUGGCCUAUGAGUCUCAGGUAAUUAUCUCCCAAGGGUCAUAUUACUCAGAGUCACAGGUGUCUCAAGCUCUAGCAUGCUGAAACAAGCCAGCUCGAACCCACGACCUAUAACCUUGUGAUUAUGCAUUAUCAUUACCGAGGGGGAAUACCUAAUGAUGCUGAUGAGUGAUUACUAACAAUAAUCAGGCUAACACAUGCAACCAAGAAUACUGACCAGAACAAAUCCCCUGAAGAUCCUUAACUCUUAUCAUGUUGUUGUACCUUCCCUUCUGCUUCCAAAUGAUACAAUAAACUUCAAGUUUCUAUCGCUCUACCGGUAAUGUUCAAAAGAAUUGCAAGCAUGCACCAUUAAGUUAUAUAUGUGCAACCAGAAGUCGACCAAACCAUUAAGUGAUUUUUGGUUUUUGCGACCAUAACUUUUCAAACAUUCCGUUACAUUCUUAUUAAGUAUUACAUUUCUUGUUUAUGCUUAGCAUGCAUCCCAAGUAAUUUUCACUCACACGAUAAUCUCAGACAGCCAGAUGUAAUUUAAUAUUAGAAGGACAAUCAGUGUGCACUUACAUGGUUGUCCUUGUACGUGGAUAGCUGAAACACGCCAGUGCUGCCGCACAAGCAGAAGACCUCAUCCUAAUGUUGAAAAAUUAGCGGACAACCAAAUGAAUUAUUCCUCUCAGCAAUAGAAAACCUGCAUUUUAUUUCCUUGGACAAUACUACUUCAUGAUCAUAUACCGAGAUCCGAAAUCAAACGAAGCACCCGUGCAGUGUACUGUGUUAUCAGUUACCAAGACAUGCCAGGCAUAUAUGCUAACUCAUUGAUGUUUGCCAUGCUAACCAAAAGCAAGUACUCUCCUAUGGAGGUUAGCAGAUGAGAAUCUUGCUGUCGGCUGCUCUGUUCAUCGUGCCAUUGCUGUUGCCUCUCUGAUAUAUAUACAGGGAGAAGCCCAAGGCUUCAGCACCAACACACUACCUACCAUUCUUUUCCAUUUCCAUACCGAAGAAAGUAGCAUCAGAGCCUCAAAACCACAAGCAUGGCUUACCAUCUAAGAUCUGCAAGCGCGCCUUCCAGCCCUCGCUCAAACAAACCCCAAGUAGAGCAGCAGCUCCAGAGCCUGAGCGCAACCAUCUCUUCGCCCUUGGCGACCAUCGAUACGACUUGCGAAGGUUUGAGGAAGCUGGCAGACAUAUACAGCUGCAUUGAGGAGAUGAUGUGCGCACCCAGCAACCAAGUCAGCCUCUGCAGGACCCUGCAAAGGGUGGCAGUGGAGGCAGAGCUAGGGCGGUCCCUCGUCGUGCUCGACCUCUGCAACGCCAUGCAGGAGACCUUGAUGGAGCUGAAGAUGACUGUCCAAGAGCUCUUGUUGGUUCUCAAGAGAGGAGAGGAUACAACUUGCCAAGUCAAGGCAUACAUCCGUCUAGCCAAGAAAGCACAAAAGCAGUUCAAGAAGAUCAGCAAGAAGACUACUUCCGACAAGAACGAUUCUAGGGUGGUGAUGCUAAUGGCAGAAGCGAGAGAGAUCACCAUUUCACUUCUCGAAUCCACAUCCUGCAUCUUGUUGAAGCAAAUUGAGAUGCCCAAGUGGUCUCUUGUCUCCAAAACAUUGCAGAAGAGCAAAGUUCUGUGCGAAGAGGAGCAAUUGCGGGCAUUGGAGUGCAGUAUCGAAGAUCUUGAGAGCGGAGUGGAACUUCUGUACAGGAGAUUGAUCCAGAACAGAGUUUCUCUUCUCAAUGCUCUUAGUUUGUAGAUACCCUGAGCUCUAGUUCCUGCGGUUGGCAUCCACCUUUUAAAGGAUUAUUAGUCAAUCAUCCUAACAGUUUUGCAAUGUGUAUGCAUAGAAAGUUCAAUAGCAAGCAAAAGCAAUUUUGUCAAUUUCCUAUUUUCUGAAUUUUAUCAUUUAUGCAAGCGCCCCGCGAUAUAAAUCAGUAUCCUGAUUAAACGACUUGGUUUCUCCUCAAAAAUACUAGGUAGUACGGAGUAUGUACUUACAGGCAACAUAACAAUAACAACUGAUAUUAAUCAGUAUCCUGAUUAAAUGACUUGGUACAUUUAAAUUUAACCCUACUGAUGUUAAAAGAAGUAAUGGUGUCUCCAGAAUCUGGAAGUUGACCGUAAUAGCCUACGCGUCUCAUGGAAUUAUUUUCCAUGGGCCAUAUUACUCAAGCUCUAACAUGCUGAAACAUGCCAGCUCCAACCCACGACCUAUAACCUUGUGAUUAUGCAUUACCAUUAUCAAGGGGAAACCUAAUGAUGCUGAUGACUAUCAAUAAUCAGGCCAACGCAUGCAACCAAUAAUAUCAAAACAAAUCCACUGAAGAUCCUUUCUUAUCAUGUUGUUGUACCUUCCCUUCUGCUUGCUAAUGGUACAAUGAACUUCAUAUUUCCAUCGUUGGAUUAGUUUCAAAAA